CCCGCUGAACGGGGGUGUGUCUUAGGUCAACGAUUCUCCAAAUAGCAGGGAAGUCGGGCCGUGCGUGUAUAGCAGCUAUGGCGAUAAAUUCGUCGUACGCCUGGGGUAAAGGAAUGCUUAAGCUUCUACUAGUGGGGACAUGUUGCGCGGCCUUCGCGUGUUGGCUGGUUGCAGAUGAUCGUACAAGGGACUAUCGUUCCUCUGAGUACAAAAGCCGCUACGAUUAUUUCCUGUUUACACACGUGGCGGGUGCAGGCUCCUCUAUCCUUAUUUGGUUUCUGUUCCUGUUUGCGGUCACAGAGUCGUGCGGAUCGCAAAAGUGUUGGGCAGUUUUGGUGUUCUUUAUCUCUAUUGGGCUUGCUGUUGCUUGCGUCGUUGCUGGUGGUCUGACAGUCGAGUACGCAAAGGAUGAGAAGGAAUCCUUUCUCUAUGACUUGAGCGACAAGUACAAAUGGAAAGCUGAUCACCGUAUUGCAUCUGUGGCUGCAGCGUUUGUGUCUUCUCUGCUGUUCUUUAUCGACGCCAUUAUCCAUUUUAAGGAAGUCCGCUGAUGAUAAGACAUGUUAGAGUCUUAUUUACUUCAGUGCUAAAGAACUAUUAGAGUAAUAUAUAGCGUACAUAUAUGUACAUAUCGCGUACCGCGUAUAUAGCGUACAUAUUCAAUCUGACCAUCCCCAAGCUCUUAGUGUAUGUAAUGCACAUGUCCCUCCUUUGUAUGACUCGCACUAGGAGCAGGUGCAUUCCCAGCAUUGGCUGAGGAGGGGUGCUCAUUCAUGCGUAUCAUAUGGAAAACGCACAGUAUUUGAAGAUUCCUUAAGAAGAAAUGACCGAAUACAAUGACAUUUUAUUAUAUUUGGUAUAUAAGUAUGUUCUAGAAAGAAAUUAUGACCACCAAGUGCUUGGAAACCCUGAAUAUAUUAUUUUAUGUCCAACACAUUUAUAAAAGUUUAGACACUGAUUGUAUCCCUAAUAAAGCUUUAUCUAACUAUAAA